AUGGUUGGUUGCUAUAUAUGCGUACUUAUGAUAAACAAGUAUGCAUUUUCUGGCGGCCAAGAUUCUGUAGAGAAUCAUAGAAAAUAUGGAGCAAACCUUGAGGUCGAUAUACCAAUUAAGUACCUUGGUUUCUUCCUAGACGAUGAUGCUGAACUCGACCACAUACGGAGAGAGUAUGGUGCAGGUCGUAUGCUGACUGGUGAAGUGAAGAAGCGACUUAUUGAAGUUUUAACGGAAGUGGUUGAAAGACAUCGUAGGGCUCGUGCUGCAGUUACUGAUGAGGCACCCAUAACAAAAAAAGAAGGCAAUUUUAGUGAUGGUCCAAAGCUACAGUACUAUCACCGACUCAAUGGGCCUUGGGAGGACUUGCUAUUGGCUAUCCUUAUAUAG